AGGAAAAAGGCACUAGCUUUCUCACGACCAGAUUUGUCAGCCAGACCUGCAGCUACAAUUUUGUUUUCGAUUUUGAUUUCAGAUCGUGACUACCGUCCUUCUUGGACUCUUGCUGACUCCAGCCCUUGCUGAAUACUUUCAGCAAAAUGGUGGAAGCCAGCCAGUCAUAACCAGGCAAUUCACCAUUGUCGGAGGCUUCCAAAUUCUGACCCUCAACAGGGAAUGGCGCAUGGCAACUAUCGAGCAAAGGAGCAACCAAGGAUCAUGGAAAACCAUUUGGAACUACAAUCUGGGCUACAUUGCAAGCAGAGUGCUGUCACAGGGAACUUGCUACAUUUCCGUAAUGAACAGAAAUGUGAUACCUCGCUUUGAGACCCUCAUCACGCUGGCUGAGCAGAACAUGGGCCUGAAAGGUCAAGGACAACCUGCAAGGGAGAUCACAUUUGUCGUCAAGGGCCCUGUCCUUGACCUCUCCUCUUACGGAACAGACAUCAUGGCUAUGUGCAGAGGACUCACAACCUACCUGACUUACGAAGUUUACGGACCACAAAAUACAUACAAUUACGGAUCAUGCACUGUACUUGAUGUCCUGCAACUCGUGGACCUCAAGUACUGUCAGGCAAAUAACAAGGGCCCAAUCCAAGGCUAUCAACCUUUCUGAAGCAAGCACGGAUGCCCAAUAGCUGCUGUACAACCCCAAUGCUGUUCUUCCCUGGCAUCUCCUCUUUCGAGAGAUUCCUUCUUGAUGCUUCAGAU